UAUAAUCCUCCUUGGCCGCCAAGAAAUCUCAUCGGUUGAUCCCUCGUCCAUCACCUUCCUGUCUCAAAGGGGGAAAAGAACGACAAAAAAAAAAAGGGGGACGACGGCAGAGAAGAACAUGGAGUCUGGCGGAGUCGGAGGGUUGGUGGGAAGGUGUAUUGAGGCGGCAAGCGCCAACAAGGAGACCGUGGAGAAAUGGCGGAGGCAGCGGAGGACCCUCGAACGCCUUCCUGCCCAGCUCGCCGACGCCCUCCUCCGCCGCCUCAUCCGCCGCCGCCUCCUUUACCCCUCCUUGCUAGAAGUCUUCCAGCAGUCAGUGGAGGAAAUUGACUUGAAAGGUGAGAGCUAUGUGGAUGCGGAGUGGAUGGCAUACCUGGGUGCAUUUCGUUACCUGCAUAGUUUAAAUCUUGCGGACUGCAGGGCCAUCAACAAUUCUGCUCUUUGGCUAGUCACAGGAAUGACUAGUCUCAAGGAGCUGGAUCUGUCAAGGUGCUCUAAGAUUACUGACGCUGGCCUUAAGCAUGUGCUAUCCAUUAAAAAUCUGGAGAAGCUAUGCAUUUCAGAGACUAGAUUGACUGCUGAUGGAGUGAUGCUCCUCUCUUCACUUAGCAACUUGCGUCUGUUGGAUAUAGGAGGCAUCCCUGUCACUGACAAAGCACUAUCUUCAUUACAGGUUUUGACAAGACUGGAGCACUUGGAUUUGUGGGGUAGCAAAAUUUCCAACAAUGGAGCUGCUGUCCUUGAAAUGUUUCCCAGAUUAAGUUUCUUGAAUCUAGCUUGGACCAGUGUCACUAGGUUGCCAAAUCUUCCUUCUCUCACAUGCUUAAACAUGAGCCGUUGCACUAUUCAUUCUAUAUCUGAUGGAAACUGCAAAGCUACUGCUUCUUUAUCAAAGCUUUUUCUCCCUGGAACUACCAUUGAUGAUGUUGAUGAAGCAUUUCGCAAUGUGGAAGUAAACAAUAUGACAUUCCUUGAUAUGUCAGGCUCGUCCAUUUGCAACUUCCACUUUUUGGUCAAAAUGAAAGGGCUUGAGCAUUUGGAUCUUAGCUCCAGCACAAUGUCUGAUACUUUAAUUGAACAAGUUGCAAAUGUUGGAAUAAAUUUAAGAUAUUUAAAUCUUAGCAAUACGAAACUCACUACACAGGGAGUUUGUAUAUUGGCUGGAAAUGUAAUGAAUCUUGAAUCUCUAUCUUUAUCUCACACAGGAAUUUGUGACACUGCUCUCACAUAUAUUGGUAUGAUGCCUUCUUUAAGAAUGAUUGAUCUGAGUGCUACAAAUAUCAAAGGUUUUGCUUACUGGGGAAGAGAUGAUUUAGAAAAAACAUUUUCACUAUGCAUGCUUCAGAAUCUUAGUCGCUUGGAAAGUCUAAACUUGGAAGAGACAAAAGUAAGAGAUGAAGCAAUCCAUCCCUUGGGAUUUUUGAGGGGAUUGAACUGUUUGUAUCUGAAGAGUGAUUUCCUAUCAGAUGUCUCCUUGCAUGCCCUGGCGUCUCUGUCAAAUUUGAAAUAUCUUGGGUUCCGUGGUGCUGUAUUGACCAACUCUGGGCUUCUUCUGUAUAUGCCUCCGGUAACACUUCGUGUACUAGACUUAAGGGGAUGCUGGCUCUUGACUGAGGAUAUUGUUUCAUCAUUUUGUAGAUCCCACCCUCAUAUUGAGGUGAGACAUGAGUCUAUUCAAAUGAUCCAUACUAUUGAAAAUGUUUGUGCUGGUUCAUCCCCAUUCCACAGAACAAUCCAAGCACCAAAACUGAAAUCAAAAGAGGGAAAAUUAUCACACGCUCCAAGUGGAUUCCCGGAGUUUGCUUUUGUAGAUGAAAGGACUAAAUAUACAAGAGAGGAAUUGUUGGAGUUGCAGCUUUUGCCUCUAUCAAGUUUUCUACCCUAUGGUCCAGAUGUGCUGCCAGAGGUGCUGAGGAAGGAAUAAGAUAGAUAUGGAAUAUCAAAAUUUUAAUCCUUUUUCAAUGUAAUUUUGUUGUGAUUAUUCUGUAAUAUAUUUGUGAAUCGAAAUUGCAUUCCAAUCCUUAAUAUGAAGUCAAGCAAUUUCCUUUUCCCAA